GUGAGCCCUCCAGGUGGGCGCCUUCUCCCUCCUCUGGUUCCUCCUCCACAGCCCCAAUGGGGAUUAUUCCCGGGAAUGAUGCCCUGGGCUCUUCCUCUUCCUCCUCCUCCUGGAGAUAAGGGGUGUUGAACUGUCGGAUGGGGUGGUGCAAACCAAAAAGCAGCUGCUAGACGGACCACAAGGAGUUAAAAAGGGCUUAAAGACUCUUUCAUCCAGUGUAAUCACUAGUGUAGUAGCCAAUCCUAGCCAACAGAGGUACAGAUUCUUGGUAGGAUGGUGUCAGGAGCGAGGUAAAGAAAGCAGCAAGGUGGAAGCCCACCGCGUAUUGGAAGACAGCCUGAUUUUCCUGGCUUUUGCUGAUCUCUGUAUCGUUUCAAAAAAAAAAUACCCAAAACCCCUGCAUACAACAUCAUGCAGUUGUGCAGGUGUUGAGGGAAAGCUAAGAGAAUGAAGACUCUAAGUCCCCAGUGGAAACGUGAUAUGGUGAUGCAGUGCUAGUGCUGAAUUGUUCUCUCUGAUGGCUCUAUGGGAGUGGAUAGCACUGAGUCUUCAUUGCUGGGUUUUAGCUGUCGCUGCUGUUUCGGAUCAGCAUGCCACAAGCCCCUUCGAUUGGCUCCUCUCUGACAAGGGACCUUUCCAUCGCUCCCAGGAAUACGCCGAUUUCGUGGACAGAAGCCGCCAGGGAUUUAACACCAGAUACAAAAUUUACAGGGAGUUUGGCCGUUGGAAAGUAAACAACCUUGCUGUGGAAAGAAGAAAUUUCCUUGGCUCCCCUCUGCCUCUCGCCCCUGAAUUUUUCCGCAACAUAAGGCUCUUGGGUCGUCGACCAACUCUUCAGCAGAUCACGGAAAAUCUAAUCAAGAAAUAUGGGACCCACUUUCUACUAUCUGCUACGCUGGGAGGCGAGGAGUCCCUCACGAUUUUUGUGGACAAGCGGAAGCUGAGCAAGAAGUCAGAGGGAAGUGAGUCCAACAGCAACAGUUCUUCGGUGAGUCUGGAAACGCUACAUCAGCUGGCUGCUUCCUACUUUAUCGACAGGGACAGCACCCUCCGCCGACUUCACCACAUUCAAAUCGCGUCCACAGCCAUAAAGGUAACAGAAACCCGGACUGGUCCUCUUGGCUGCAGUAACUAUGACAACCUAGAUUCUGUCAGUUCUGUUUUGGUUCAGAGUCCCGAGAAUAAGAUUCAGUUGCAAGGUCUUCAAGUCAUCCUUCCAGACUAUCUGCAGGAACGAUUUGUGCAGGCAGCUCUGAGCUACAUUGCCUGCAAUUCUGAGGGGGAGUUUAUCUGCAAAGACAAUGAUUGUUGGUGUCAAUGUGGCUCUAAAUUUCCAGAAUGCAAUUGUCCGUAUAUGGACAUUCAAGCCAUGGAAGAAAAUCUCCUUCGCAUAAGUGAUACCUGGUACACUUACAACAGUGACUUUGAGGAAUCAGAUGAAUUCAAGUUAUUUAUGAAAAGGCUGCCUAUGACUUAUUUCCUCAACACUUCCAGCAUAAUGCAUUUGUGGACAAUGGAUUCUAAUUUUCAACGUCGAUACGAGCAAUUGGAGAACAGCAUGAAACAACUUUUCCUGAAGGCACAGAAAAUUGUACACAAGCUCUUUAGCCUUAGUAAGAGGUGUCAUAAGCAGCCUCUCAUCAGCCUGCCAAGACAAAGAUCUUCCACCUAUUGGCUCAACCGCAUCCAGUCUUUUCUCUAUUGCAAUGAGAACGGUCUCCUGGGCAGCUUUUCUGAGGAGACACAUUCCUGCACGUGCCCGAAUGACCAGGUGGCCUGCCAAGGGUUCCUGCCCUGCCUCGUGGGAGACGGGUCCGCCUGUCUGACCUGCGCGCCGGACAACCGCACCCGCUGCGGGAACUGCAACACUGGCUACAUGUUGAGCCAGGGGGCCUGCAAGCCAGAAGUGGCCGACUCCACGGAGCACUACAUCGGGUUUGAGACGGAUCUGCAGGACCUGGAGAUGAAAUAUCUGCUGCAGAAGACCGACCGGAGGAUAGAGGUCCACGCCAUCUUCAUCAGCAACGACAUGCGCCUCAACAGCUGGUUCGACCCCUCGUGGCGCAAACGCAUGCUCCUCACCCUGAAGAGCAACAAGUACAAAUCCAGCCUCGUCCACAUGAUCCUGGGCCUCUCCCUGCAGAUCUGCCUGACGAAGAACAGCACCCUGGAGCCGGUGCUGGCGGUUUACGUCAAUCCUUUCGGGGGCAGCCACUCUGAGAGCUGGUUCAUGCCUGUGAAUGAGAACUCUUUCCCCGACUGGGAGAGGACUAAGUUGGACUUACCCCUUCAGUGUUAUAACUGGACGCUGACUCUCGGGAACAAGUGGAAGACGUUUUUCGAAACGGUUCACAUCUACCUGAGGAGUCGCAUCAAGUCCAAUGGCCCCAACGGCAACGAGAGCAUCUACUACGAACCCCUGGAAUUUAUCGACCCUUCACGGAACCUGGGCUACAUGAAAAUCAACAACAUCCAAGUGUUCGGCUACAGCAUGCACUUUGACCCAGAAGCAAUCCGGGACUUGAUCUUACAGUUGGACUACCCCUAUACUCAGGGAUCCCAGGACUCGGCACUUUUGCAGCUGCUGGAGAUACGGGACCGUGUAAAUAAACUCUCUCCACCUGGUCAACGGCGUCUAGACCUUUUCUCUUGCUUGCUCCGUCACAGACUCAAGCUGUCUACCAGUGAGGUGGUGAGGAUUCAAUCCGCUUUGCAGGCCUUUAAUGCCAAAUUGCCAAACACGAUGGAUUAUGACACAACCAAAUUAUGUAGUUAACCAUAGAUGUCAAGCACAACACAAAACCUUGAAGGAGUUUUUACAGUGCUUUUGUGGAACAGUUUAUGUUUGGAAGAGUACAUUUAAAUUGUCUUUUCAAUAUCUGUCUUAUAUCAGUCAAUAACGUUGGAUGGCAAUUUACACACAUGAACUUGCUGACAAUGAAUAUAUUAUACUUGCAGUUUGGGUUUAUGAAUGAAAUAAAUACUGACACCCGUCUAGAAGACAUUCUACUUUUUACAAUAAAUUUCAUUUGUAAUUUUAUAUGUUCCGUGGCAAUGCUUUUGGUGCAUUACAUCCUCUAGAGGGAACAUAAAAGGAGACCAAUAAAAUUUUGU